AUGAUGUCGCAAAUGUGGCAGCACGAGCAGGACCACUCCAUGGAUGGUAUCAUGGACUCCUUCCACACCGAGGCCAGCUUCGGCUUCGACGGUGCCAUGUCCGUCGGCACUACAACACCAAGCUUCUCCGCCGCCUCGUCCGUCUACGAUCCCAACGGGCCCUUCACCCCCCGCUCCGGCCGCUCUACACCUCACGACCAGAGCUCAUCAUCGCAGUCCACCAUCGACUUCGACUCCUCCUUCUCCGCCCACAGCUCCUUCAGCUUCGACCAUGCCUCAACACCAGACAAGAGCUACUUCCCCAAGCCCGACAAGGUCGAGAUGGGCAUGCCCAUGCAGUAUGCGCAGUCCGCCAUCCCCCUCACGCCGUCGAGGAGGCAGAGCGCCGGCUACGGCAGCAUGGACCAUCUCGACUACAACACCAUGCUCCACGUCACGCUCAACUCCCACUGCGUACCGGGCAUGUCCUCGCCGCACCACCACAACCACCAGCAGCACCACCACCAGGAGCCGCAAUACUCUCUCGCGCAAGACCUCCACUCCUCCCCCUUCGUGAUGCCCACGCCGCACCGCCAGCUCACCAGCUCGACGCCGAGCAACGUCCACCAGAGCAUCUGGAGCUGCAGCAGCGAGAGCCCCAUCAUGAUGUUCGGCAGCGAUGCCACGCCCUCCACCUCCCCCCUCCAGGCCAUGGGCGCCGUCAAGCGCGAGACCACCCACUCCCCGUCACCCCUCCGCUCCUCCCCCACCAGCGUCGCCGCCUCCGCCUACCGCAGCGCCCACAGCCACGGCUCUCGCCGCCAGAUCUUCGCCGAGGUCCAGCGCAAGACCCUGGCCCUGCAGAAGAACCAGAACGACAUGGAGGCGCUGAGGCAGCUGCGUUCCAUCCAGGUCAACCAGGACGGCUCCGUCCUCGACUGCGGCUCGGUGAAGGUGCGCCACGUUGCGCCCAGGAGGGAACGCUGCACCUACCCCGACUGCACCAAGACCUUUAAGCGCAAGGAGCAUCUCAAGCGUCACUUCAAGGCUACGCACGAGAAGGAGGUCGAGCUCUACACAUGUCCCGCAACAAAUUGCAACCAUGUGUUCAAGGAGCGCCGGGACAACUUCGUCUCGCACCUGCUCCUCCACAAGCAGGGCAAGUCCAGCAGGACGCCGUACAACGAGAAGGCCGCCAAGCUCUACGACGAGAUGUGCCUGCAGAGCAAGAGCCGCAAGCGCGUCAAGACCGGCAGCGGCAGCUCCAGCUCCAGCUCCAGCUCCAGCAGCAAGAACUGA